AAUAAAGAAAGUAAAAUAAUUUUUUUUUUUCUUUCUCUUACAGUCUUAAACCCUUAAACCCUUUCAAACGGAAACGUAGAAAGAGCAACGACAAAUUUGUGAGUUUUCAAAGAGAAUCCAUACCCAGUAUAUCAGAUGGAUCACUUUGCAGCAGCUGAAGAGCAAUUAGCUUCACAGAGGCUUAGGCAGAAACUUGAUCAAGUGAAUGUAGCAGCACAAACUAAUCUUGCCCCUGUUCAAGAUCAUGUCAAUUAUACUCUCCAGAAAGCCUAUUUUAAAUGCGCAUAUGAGUGCUUUGAUAGAAGCAGAAGGCAGGAGGAGAUAAGCAAUUGUGUUGAAAAUUGCAGUGUUCCUCUUUCUAAUGUGCAACAGGCUUUUGAUAAUGAGAUGGCAAAGUUUCAGGAGAAGUUGAAUAGAUCUCUGAUGGUUUGUCAAGAUAAGUAUGAGGGAGCUAAGCUCCAGAAGAAAACAGGAGCGAUGACCGACAUGGUUUCCUGCGCCGACCAAGCAAUUCAAGACAGCAUUAAUAUGCUGCCGCUUCUUACUAACAAGUUGAAGACUUCCUUCGGCAUUCGCGACAACGAUUCUUCCUAGAAAAAUUUGCUUUUGCCAACAUUUAUCUUCAAUUGCAAAAGCAGGUUGGUGCAAGACACUAAUGAACUCUUUUUGAAACACAAAAGUUAACAUACUUCAUUCCUGUUAUUGGAAUGUUGAUGCAUCUUGAUUCAUCAAUAAAUUUAAUGUAUUCCUAAAACAUUCAGAAUUGUUAUGCAUAUACAGAUAAUAUUUGUAGUCUAUUUACUUGCUUUAUUUUUUAAAAGUGGAUUCUUUACUAUAGAGAAGCUAAA